AUGUGGGAGAGAAAUCUUUGGCGAUUCUAACCUUGAAAUCUUUUUUCACUGUAUAAUUUCGCUUCCAUCUCUGAACUAUGCAGUCCCCCAAUAGAAUCAGCAGAAAUGUCAAAAUAGUGCAGCAACUGUAGAAAUGAGAAACUGAGCAAACCAUAGGAGCAAUAAAAGCUUCUUAUUGAACAAAAAUUUCCCAGAAGACCCAGAACUCGAAUCAUGCUUUACAGCUGCAAUAACAGUUACCGCUCCAGAGAAUUGGGGCAUGAAAGUCUCCACAGUCGCAUCUUUUUCCCAAGUAAGCUUUCUCCCUUACAUCCUCUUCCUGUAUCUAGGGUUGUUAUAGGGUUUAACGAUAAUUGCCACAAGUUAGCCAAAAGACGACUCUGUGCUUUGCCCCGCGGUUCACCUGGGGACCCAACUUCACUCAGAUUUCCUUCUUCCCAUGUUUACAAGAAAAACUCUGUGAAAGGAACUAGGGUUUCUGUAGGGUUUAAGCUUCAGUGUCAUUCAAAGACUCUAACUUUGCCUACAAGAAGCUCUUCAAUUAAUGGCAAGAAAAAGAGGUACGGAGGCGUGUUGCCUUCGAUAUUGAAGUCCUUAGAGUCUGGUGAUGAUAUUGAUGAUGCUCUUAAUUCAUUUUGUGAGAACCUGAGUCCAAAAGAACAAACUGUAAUUCUCAAAGAACAGAGGGGUUGGGAUAGAGUUAUUCGAGUUUUCCAGUUUUUCAAAUCACAGAAAGAUUAUGUGCCUAAUGUCAUACACUACAAUAUUGUGCUUCGAUCACUGGGUAGAGCUAAAAAAUGGGAUGAAUUAAGGCGAUGCUGGAUUGAAAUGGCAAGAAGCGGUGUUUUACCUACCAACAAUACUUAUGGAAUGCUCGUGGAUGUCUAUGGGAAAGCAGGUCUUGUGAAGGAGUCACUGUUGUGGAUUAAACAUAUGAGACAUAGAGGGAUUUUCCCUGACGAGGUUACGAUGAACACAGUCAUUAAAGUUCUAAAGGAUGCUAGAGAGUUUGAUAGGGCAGAUAAGUUUUACAGGGAAUGGUGCAGUGGGCAGGUUGAGUUGGAUGGUCUGGAUUUGGAUUCUAUGGAUGAUUUUGAAUCAAGGUCAGCACCUGUUAGUUUCAAGCAUUUUAUAUUGACUGAGCUUUUUAAGAUGGGUGGCAGAACUCCUCCCAAAAUUGAAUAUUCAUCAGAUGGCGAUGGUGUGGUUCAAAAGCCACGCCUCACAUGUACGUAUAACACAUUGAUUGAUUUGUACGGAAAGGCAGGUCGUCUUAAGGAUGCGGCUGAUGUGUUUGCAGAAAUGUUGAAAUCUGGGGUGGCAAUGGAUACUUUCACUUUCAAUACUAUGAUCUACACUUGUGGAAGCCAUGGGCUUUUGUCGGAGGCAGAAUCUUUGCUUAAUAAGAUGGAAGAAAGGGGAGUAUCCCCAGAUACAAAAACUUAUAACAUCUUUCUAUCACUGUAUGCUGCAGCGGGGGAUAUGGAUUCAGCACUCAAGUGUUAUCAGAAGAUAAGGGAUGUGGGGCUUUUCCCUGAUGUUGUAACGCAUCGAGCUGUUCUUCAUAUAUUAUGUGAGAGGAAUAUGGUGAGAGAAGUGGAUGCUGUGAUUAAAGAAAUGGAGAACUCUGGUCGGCAAAUAGAUGAGCAUUCUGUUCCUGGUAUUGUUAAGCUGUAUAUUAAUGAAGGAUCGCUUGAUCAGGCAAUGAAUCUUUACGAGAAGUUUCAGUUUAAUGGCCUGAUGUCAGCGAAGACUCGAGCAGCAAUUAUUGAUGCUUAUGCUGAAAAGGGACUUUGGACUGAAGCCGAGGUUGUGUUCUAUGGGAAGAGAGAUUUGGUAGGCCAAAAAGAUGUUAUGGAGUAUAAUGUCAUGGUCAAAGCUUAUGGUAAAGCCAAACUCUAUGAUAAGGCUUUUUCUCUUUUCAAGGGCAUGAGAAAGCUCGGGACUUGGCCUGAUGAAUGCACUUAUAAUUCUCUCAUUCAAAUGCUCAGUGGAGGAGAUUUAGCAAAUGAAGCGAGGAAGCUCUUAGCUGAAAUGCAAGAAGCAGGGUUUAAGCCACAAUGCCUAACUUUCUCCUCUCUUAUUGCAUGCUAUGUCCGUCUUGGCCAGGUUUCUGAUGCCGUUGAUGUCUAUAAAGAAAUGACAAGAGCAGGAGUCAGACCUAAUGAAGUUGUUUAUGGGUCAUUAAUCAAUGGAUUUGCGGAGACGGGCAACAUUGAAGAAGCUCUUCAAUAUUUCCACUUGUUGGAGGAAUGUGGGAUACCAGCAAAUCAAAUAGUUUUGACUUCCGUUAUUAAGGCUUAUAGUAAAGUGGGGUGCUUGGAAGGAGCAAAACAAAUUUAUCAGAAGAUGAAGUAUAUGGAGGGCGGACCUGAUAUUAUUGCUUCAAACAGUAUGAUUAGCCUCUAUGCAGAUCUUGGAAUGGUAGCUGAAGCUGAAUUGAUUUUUGAUAACCUGAGAAAAAAGGGUGUGGCAGAUGGCGUAUCAUUUGCAACCAUGAUGUAUCUGUACAAAAAUAUGGGUAUGCUCGAUGAAGCCAUUGAUGUAGCUGAAGGAAUGAAAGAGUCGGGUUUACUAUCUGACUGUAUUUCUUAUAACAAGGUGCUGGCAUGUUAUGCAACAAACAGCCAGUUACGUGAGUGUGGCUCAUUGUUACAUGAGAUGUGGUCUAGAAAACUUCUUCCGGAUGAUAAAACCUUUAAAACAUUGUUUACUGUUCUAAAAAAAGGUGGCCUUCCAGUUGAAGCUGUCACACAGCUGCAAUCAUCAUAUCAAGAAGGGAAGCCUUUUGCUAGACAAGCUGUCUUCUCCUCCGUUUUCUCUGUAGUGGGAUUACAUGCUUUAGCAGUUGAAUUCUGUGAGACAUUCUUAGAAGCAGAAAUUGCUCUCAGUUCCUUCGCAUACAAUGUUGCAAUAUAUGCUUAUUCAUCCGUAGGGGAAGUUGACAAGGCUCUGAACAUCUUCAUGAAGAUGCAGGAUGAGGGCUUGGAACCAGAUAUCGUUACCUAUAUUAAUUUGGUUCAUUGUUAUGGCAGAGGUGGCAUGAUUGAAGGUGUGAAGAGGGUUAAUAGUCUGUUGAAACAUGGAGAGAUUGAGCCUAAUAGUUCGUUGAUUAAGGCUAUUAUGGAUGCCUAUCAAAUUGCUGGAAGGGAUGACCUUGCUGGAUUGGUUGAACAGGAAAUAAAAUUUGCUUCUGAUUCACGACGAUACUCUCUUUCUGAAACCGAAGAUAAGUACGGUGGAAGCUCUUUCGAAACAGAAGAUGAGUGAAUGUUCAUUAAGCCUUAAAAGUAUCGAGAAAUUGUGCUUAUACUUUGACAAUAUCCCUUACUCCACAGUCUACACUUAAGAGAGAGAUGGCAUUUCUACAUGCUUUAAUUUCAGAUCGUGUAUAUAAUUACUGGUAUAGUCAGCCAAGUCAGACAAGACCCAGGAACUUGGGUCUUCCAAUGGAGGAUUGCUUGAAAGUUAUAGCAAUAUUUUACUGUCCAUUUAGCUUUGUUUGAGCUUGGGUCACUUAUUGUUCUUGUGCACUAUAGAUGAUAGGUCCCUUGUAUGGUUUCUCUCUGAUUUUCCCUUGUAUGGUCCCUUGAGAAAGGGCAAAAAGGUCGUAUGUACUAGUGUACUACAGUCAUCUUAGACAAGGAAAAUUAUACUGGCGUUGAAUUGUGAUC